CUUGUCAUGCCUAGAUGCUCGAAUGCUCGACCCUGUGAAUCGAAGCAGUAAAACGUACGCCAAGGUGUUAAUACACAUUGCAUCUAGUUAUCGCUGGCACAUCAUUCUUUAAGUAACGCUGCAAAAUGAGCGUGUUCGAACCGGACUGUGGCAAUUUUGAAGGGCCUGAUGAGUUGGUAUUGAAUCUUCAAGACAUUGCAGCGAUACCGAAGCUAUCGUCAGAGCUGGUUGAUAAUGGAUCAGUUUAUAGCGAGAAAAAGGAUGAAAGCUGUGAAGUAAAAAUAAAGCACUAUGAAGGACCAAGAAACAGCAAGAAUGAACCGUGCGGUAAUGGCUUUGCAAAAUUUACCAACGGUGAUCAUUAUGAAGGAUCGUUCCGAAAAGGAGUAUUUUCCGGACAGCAGGGCGUAUUGCGACAAAGAACGGGUCAUCGUUACGUCGGCGCUUUCCGUAAAGGUCUUCGAGAAGGACGUGGCAUACAAACUUAUCCAGAUUGUUCCACCUAUAAUGGCGACUGGUUGAGGGGAGUGCGUCAUGGGUACGGUGUAUACGUGUACUCGAACAAGGAUGUUUACGAGGGAAACUGGUGCAUGGACAAAAAGCAUGGCAUAGGAGUGUACACAUUUGCCGAAAACGGACUACGUCUGCGCGGAUCCUGGAGCGAAGGACAUUUGGCUGGUCCGGUGGAGGUAUUGUUUGGCAGCAUCCGCUACCAUGGCACGUGGGAUGGAACGGUGUUAUCAGAUGCUCACGAUAGUGUUUUUAACAUUGCGUCGAAGUAUUUGCUGCGAGGAAUUAUUAAGUCUGGAUCAUUUGAUGAGUACGUGUGGACACCCAGUGUGAUAGAGCGGUACAAUUUUGCUCACCUCCCAUUAGAACCGCUCCCAGCCCCUAUCCCAAUGAUGGAAUGCCAUCAGUGCGAUAGUUCUGAUGAUUCAACAACGGAUGCAUGAUCAAUGAUUGCUAACACAAUAGCUUGUGAUUGAAGGUGAAAUUUGAAGUCAUACAAAAACAAACACAUUUUCGCUUUUUUGGUACGAAACUUAUUGUUAGUCUUGCUUAUGCAUUUUUUUUAUUUAUAUCAUUUGGAUUUUACAUUAAAAACAACAACGAAUUCAUUUCAAUUAUUCUUUUUGCUGUGUGAUCGAUCACUAGAGCAUUUAUUAUCAAGUCACGUAUGUUGUCAAGUCUUUCAUUUAACACCCUAUAGAUGGUAUACAUACAUUGUUACUAGCUGCUAACACCGACGUAUUCGUGCAAUAUAAAAACGUAAAACUUUAUAAAAAAAAGCUUCAUUUUCUUGAAAUUUAAGGCUAUCUACGUGACGAAAUGUGGAAUAAUUUGACCCAUCAAAAACAAAUUAUGCCGUGUUCGUCAUGACGAACGAUCACUGGAAGAUAUGACAAAUAUGUUCAUCCACAAGGUGUUAUGGGUGAAGUGAUUAGUGAGAACUGGCACUUAUAAACAUUAUUUUUUGAUACUUUUAAACUAUUUUGCGGAAAAGGGUAAUUUCAGAAAAUAACAUCUAGCAAUUUAUCAUUAAACACCGAAUUAACAACUGACAUAACUGUCAUUUUUGAAAUGAUUACAGUAGAGGCAAUGCUGACCGUAUUUGACAAAGUUUUAUUGCCUUCCGAAAUUGUUUAACAGCCUAAAAGUUUGCUAGGCUCCGGCUUUUGUAUUUCUGCCAUCUGUAUGAUUGCAAUAAUGGCUAAAUAGAUUGUAAUGGCUUAAUACAAUCACACAGUAGGUGCUCAAACGUACCAACAACAUAGUGUGGAAUGCAGCCAACAUUGUGUGUUGUGUGGUCGGCCGCCAUCGACGUCAACAUAGUGUCAGCGUAAAAGUGCGCCAAAAGAUUCGCUUCGUUCAUUGUUUUCCCUUGUGCAUUGGCGAUCAGACGGAACUUUUGUGCGGUGAAUUUAAGUGUUUUACAGUUUUGUGAUUAGUAUUUUAUUAGUUUUGUUGAGU